AUGUCGGCCAUCGGUAUUGGCGAAGUAUUGCGCGACAGUGGCCACUAUCGGGUAGUGUUUGCCGUUAAGGCCGACUGGCGCGAUAAACUACAGUCAAUGAACUUUCAGGUAGAACUGGUCGGCCGGGAACAGGUAGUCAAAGAUAGUGCCGAAACUACUGUCGAACUGACUGAGCAUUUAACCGGCAAUCAGAGUCUACUGGAAAAGGCGGUGAAAGCGUUUGAAGGUGUCGACCAAAUGUUACCGAUGAUUGAAACGGAUGAACCAUAUUAUCGGGAUAUUAUUGAUCGGAUACAACCCGAUUGUAUAGUAUACGAUGGUAUUGGUAUUGUGCCGGCGGUGAUCACUUCGGGACGGCCGUGGAUUAUGUACUACACUAUGAGUGCACUGAUGCUCGACAUGUUUAUCGAUGACCCGCGAUUGCCGCCAUCACAAUUAGGACUGUCGAUUAAUAGCGACAAAAAAGUUUGGGAAGACUGCAGAAGACAACUGACAAAUGCAAAACAAAAAUUGACAAAAACUUUUCACAGUUGGCUUCAGUCGCACGGAUGUCCACCACUGCCGGCCAAUCAAUUUCUAUAUCCGUCUCCCUAUGCGAACCUGUAUUUGACACCUAAAGAACUGGACUACACCGAUAUUAGGCCACUGCCCGACAAUUACUAUCAGUUUGACUAUUUUAAGCGCACAGCCAAUGAAGAAAUGUUUGAAGUACCGGAACAGUUGAGACAUAGAUCUGGAAAAUUGGUUUACCUGUCGUUGGGAUCGAUGGGCAGCGCAGAUGUCUACCUAAUGAAACGUUUGGUCGCUAUGUUAGCCAACUCUGAGCACCGGUUUAUUGUAUCGAAAGGUAUCAAACACGACAAGUAUGAGUUGGCGGACAACAUGUGGGGCGAAAAGUUUGUCUCACAAGUAAAGGUGUUGCCAAUUGUCGAUCUAUUCAUAACACACGGCGGCAAUAAUUCAGUGACCGAAAGCAUGUAUUUCGGUAAACCUAUGAUAGUAUGUCCGAUAUUUUUGGAUCAAUACGAUAACGCACAGAUAGUCGAGGACAGGGGUUACGGUAUACGACUCAAUCCAUACGAGUGCUCUGAACAACAAUUAUUGCAAUCAAUUGACAAACUAUUAAAUGAUAGAAAAUUGGCUGAAAAGUUGUCAAAAGCAUCGCAUAGAAUACAAACUGAGAAACAAAUUGAAAAAAUACCGGAAAUUAUUGAUAGAUUAGUCAAAAAAUAA